UAAUUAUGGUGCCGCUGCCCUUUUUCAAGAAAUACCAAACAACACAAACUUUGAUAACUGCAAGUAUUUGAUGCUAACACUCUAUACAUUGUUUAAAUUUAUUUAUGAAUGAUUUUCUUUGUGAGUUAUAACAUAACUUGUAUAUGCUCCUGCUCCAGCAAGUGAUAACAGGAGUAUAACAGAUGGGUAUAAUGACAGGUUUAAGGUAAAUAAAGUGUCCCUACAGCUACAACAAUAGGGAAUGUAAACAAAGUGGCCUGUCAACAGGGCAACUUCCUUCUAUUAGGAAUACACAGAACACCAUAAUAGGGUGGCCGAUUUUAGUCUGACGUACAUACCAAGAGAGGAAUUAUAUUUGUUUUAAAAUUACAUUUUAUUGUGGGACACUGCCGCUUUAAAUGUAAACACCCUGGCAGUUGCGCAUGAGAAUGACAUCUUGCCAGGAGACGGAAGAGGAGCCUCGCUUCUGUAAUGUUGCUGUGAGGAGGCCUCCUAGAUACCGAGCAAAGAUGGCUGCGCCCAUAGACCUGCACCUGGAAUUUGGAGGUGGAGCUGAACUGCUGUUUGGAGGUGUUAAGGACCACCAUGUUAAGUUACCAAGCCAGUCUGAGCCCUGGAAUGUGAAGCAGCUACUGGCUUGGAUUAAAACUAACCUGCUGAGAGAGAGACCGGAACUGUUUAUCCAGGGGGACACAGUGAGACCUGGCAUUCUCGUGCUGAUCAACGAUGCAGACUGGGAGCUCAUGGGCGAACUGGACUACAUGCUUGAAGACCAGGACAACGUGGUUUUCAUCUCCACGCUGCAUGGAGGCUAGGAUAGCCAGACAGUGUGCACUAAGGACUGAACUCACUAGUUACUUCAAGGCAUCUCUGGCCCUUUGUGUCAAGUUAAAGCAGAUGCUUUUCAAAGCAACACCCUGCUCUUCAGAAUGAUCCAUCCGCUCUAACAAAUGAUUUCACCCGCUAAGCGCAGGGAUUACAGGGACAGUUUGGGAAAUUAGUUUUGAGAGUAUUGUAGGAUUAAAGGACAGUAACCCAUAUUGUGAUCUUUAAAUGUAAUAACCGCCCCGCCCCCACACUCUGCCGUUGGAAGGAGGCAGUGAGAAUGGGAUUCUUGGAGGAUCACUGUGCUCUGCAGUGAAGGACAGGUGACCUGAUAGUGACACUGGUCUAGUUGCUCUUUUCUUUACUGCAACAUGUAGCCUUUUUUUACCUUUUUCUUUUUAAAUCUGUGUCAGCCUUUAAAAACACAACAAAUUGUCUUCUACUUCAAAACAAUAGGAAUAUAUUGUGUAUAUGCCUGCACAUAAAAUAAACUUAUGAUGAUUUUAAAUGGAAGAAUGAAGUCAUUAAAGCUUGCUUUUAUUUGGAA